AAAAUCGCAUUAUUUUCGUCUUUUGAAAAAUAAAAAGGACAAUAAUCAUUGACGAUUAACGGAGAAAACAGUCAGAAUAUCGUGUGAGGGACGGUCGGCGUCGCCGUCACCGGCGAAUUGAAGAAUCGAGAAUAAUCUGACAUCUAAUUCGACAUGGUGGUGGUCGCGGCCGGGUCCACUACCUUCGCCAAGGAGAUGGCCAUUCGCAAACGCAUCUCCAAUAUAUUUAAUAAAAGAGAAGAUGAUUUUCCUUCGUUAAGAGAGUAUAAUGAUUACUUGGAGGAGGUGGAGGACAUGAUUGUAAAUUUGGUUGAAGGCAUAGAUGUUCCUGCCAUUGAAGCAAGGAUUUCCCAGUACCAGAAAGAAAAUUCGGAGCAGAUAAUGAAUGCCCAAGCUCGGAAGGCAGAAGAAUAUGCAGCAGCACUGGCAGCAAGCAAGGGGCAGCCUGUUAAUAAUGACUUCGAUGCGACUGGGAGUCAGAGCUCUCAAGCUGCGAUUGGUGCAGGGGGUAAUUAUGCCCCUGCAGUUGCUGGAGGUGUCAUAGCACAGCCAAUACCAAUCGCGUCGGGACAUGAGAUGCUGGGCUAUCAAUUUGAUGAUGAAGAAAUGAUGAAACUCAAAGCAGAAAGAGGUGGAAAAGCUGGAGGGUGGAGCAUUGAAUUAAGCAAGAAAAGGGCUCUUGAAGAAGCAUUUGGAAGCAUUUGGAUUUGAGUUUUAGGUAGUAUACAACUAUUGCUAGUCAGAACUUUUUUGUCUCACAUUUCAACAUUUGAGUGAUUGUUGUGAACAACCAUUUUCCUGUUUGGCAGAACUCCAGGUUUAGAGUAGUAGGUAGGGAAUGUAUAUAGUAGUGUACUCGUUGGAAUAUUAGUUGUUGGCGAAUGAUAUGGCUGAAUUAUUAAAUCGAAUGCAUGUCCUGCAGAAAUAGUUCAGUUUCGCACAA